CUUCCUACCUUUUAUUCUGCUUGGACACUUGAUCCAACAUACAAACUUCCAUUUCCUUAAAUAUGGCACCACCUACCUGUCGCAGUGAGAUUCUAGCCCGCCUGCGCCGUCAAAUUGGAAAUGGAAAGCCUAUCAUUGGAGCUGGAACCGGCAUUGGCCUUUCUGCCAAAUCGGUGGAGACUGGCGGUGGAGACCUAGUCAUCAUCUACAACAGUGGUCGUUUUCGCAUGGCGGGUUGCGGAAGUCUCGCGGGGCUAAUGCCGUAUAGCAACGCCAACGAGGUAGUAGUCGAAAUGGCUGCUGAAGUCAUCCCUAUCAUUCAAAACACCCCCGUGAUCGCGGGUGUCUGUGGUACAGAUCCAUUCAAGCAUAUCCGCCGGUUCCUGAAGCAGUUGCAGGAGUUGGGAUUUGCUGGUGUGCAGAACUUCCCUACUGUGGGACUGAUCGAUGGCCAGUUCCGCGCUAACCUGGAGGAGACUGGGAUGGGGUACAGCAAAGAGGUGAAGAUGGUGCAGCAGGCGGCUGAGUUGGACCUUCUCACGACGCCCUAUGUUUUCAAUGUGGAGGAGGCUGAAGCUAUGGCGAAGGCUGGAGCGGAUAUUCUGGUAGCACAUAUGGGUCUGACCACUUCGGGGGUGAUCGGGGCGAAGACCGGAAAGACGUUGGAGCAAUGCGUUAUGGAGAUACAGGCCAUACGGGAUGUGGCAGUGAAAAUCAAUAAAGAUGUAAUUGUGUUGUGCCACGGUGGGCCAAUUGCUUCCCCGGAAGAUGCGAAAUUCGUGCUGGGUCAGGUGCAGGGCUUGCACGGCUUCUACGGGGCUAGUUCAAUGGAGAGACUUCCUGUUGAAGUAGCCAUUAAGGACACCAUAUCCGAGUUUAAAAAGAUUGGCUUGAAGGGGUAGUUUGUGACAUAUUCAGC